ACCCACCGUUUCCCCCGCACUUUUCGCCAUCUUGCCCAGCGUUCUUUCCUUAUUCAUCGCCCACCGGAGAACCCUCCUACUCUGUUUCACUUGGCUUCUUCUUAUUCAACAACUAUAAUACUCCUCACAUAUUCAGGAUGGUGCUGAACGAUUUGGGACGCAAGAUCAACGGAGCGAUCCAGUCGAUGUCCAAGGCAAACGUCAUUGACGAGAAGGUUGUCGAUGACAUGCUGAAGGAGAUCGUCCGCGCCCUUAUGGAGUCCGAUAUCAACAUCAAAUUGAUCCAAAACCUUCGCAACAACGUCAAAAACUCGAUCAGUCUGGACGAGAAUACAGGAGCUGCCAAUAAGAAGAGGAAUAUUCAAAAGGCUGUCAUGGACGAACUCACGCGGCUUGUCGACCCAGGAGUGGAACCGUGGAAACCAAAGAAAGGAAAGGCGAACGUUAUUAUGUUUGUCGGUCUUCAAGGAAGCGGUAAAACAACAACAUGUACAAAGCUGGCUUCAUUUUAUCAACGCAAAGGCUGGAAAACAUGCCUGGUUUGUACGGAUACGUUCCGCGCUGGUGCCUUUGAUCAGCUCAAGCAAAACGCUACCAAGGCCAAGAUUCCAUACUACGGAAGCUACACUGAGACCGACCCUGUACAGCUUGCCCAUGAGGGUGUAUCCAAGUUCAAGAAGGAAAACUUUGAGAUCAUCAUUGUCGACACAUCUGGUCGUCACAAGCAGGAGCAGGAACUCUUUGAUGAAAUGCAACAGAUUUCGUCCGCUGUGAACCCCGAUAGCACGAUUUUUGUUAUGGAUGGUACCAUUGGUCAAGCUGCUGAUGCUCAGGCUAGGGCUUUCAAAGAGGCUGCCAACGUCGGAUCCAUCAUUGUGACUAAAAUGGAUGGCCACGCAAAGGGAGGAGGAGCUAUUUCUGCCGUUGCUGCAACCCACUGCCCAAUUAUCUUCAUCGGUACAGGAGAGCACAUGCACGAUCUCGAGCGCUUCACACCUGGACCCUUUAUUUCGAAGAUGAUGGGAAUGGGUGACAUUAGUGGCCUCAUGGAGACUGUGCAGGAUUUGAAGCUGGACCAGAACAAGGACCUGAUGAAAAAGCUGGAGCAAGGACAGUUCAGCAUCAGAGAUAUGUACGAGCAGUUCACGACUAUUCUGAAGAUGGGGCCUUUGAGCAAGGUCAUGGGCAUGAUGCCUGGAAUCCCACCUGAGCUGUUGGCUGGUUCGGAUGCGGAGGGCGGCAACCGCAUCAAGCGCUUCAUGUGCAUCAUGGACAGCAUGAACGCACAGGAGCUGGAUGGAGAGGGCAAGGAGUUUGUGGACCAGCCCAAGCGCCUGGUCCGCGUUGCUCGUGGAUCAGGCACGACUGUCGCCGAAGUUGAGACUCUCUUGCAGCAAUACAAGACGUUCGCCGCGAUGGUCAAGAAGAUGGGUGGUCAGAACGGUCUGUUCAAGAACAUGCAGGGCAUGCAGCAAGGCGGUGCAGGAAACCCCAUGAUGAACUCCAACAGAAUGCAGCAGGCGAUGAAGCAGCUCCAGAGCGGUGGUAUCCCCAACGUUCCUGGUAUGGGUGGCAUGGAUAUCCAGGGCAUGAUCAACCAGAUGGGCGGCAUGUCUGGCAUGCAGGACAUGAUGAAGAGCAUGAUGGGAGGCGGUGGUUUCCCAGGCAUGCCUGGCAUGGGUGGCGCCGGAGGUGGAGCUGGUGGCAUGCCCGAUUUUUCACAAAUGGCCAAGAUGAUGAAGUCGAUGGGUAUGGGUUAAAAGAGUUUACAUAAGCUUGAAUAAAG